AUGCAAGUCAGCGGCACGCUGCCGGGCGGCGGCAGCGGCCCCUUGUCAUACACCCAGUGCCAGGUGGGGGCCCUUGCGGGGGGGCUGCGUGCGUGCGUUGACUUGACCGGCACGCGCGCCGCGCGGGGAGGCGCGCUGGCGGCUGCCGAAGCCGGCGCCCGCCAGGCGCGCGCGGCCGGCGGCGGCGCCGCGCCUGGCGGCGCCGCGGCGGGGGCCAACUGCCAAAUGUCUGGCUACUACACCAGGGUGACCACCACCGGCCCGGUGGUCACUCCAAGCACCUGCGCCGGCCAGCGCGUCGCCCGCAUAGAGUUGGUCGCGGAGUUCCGCGCGCCAGCUGGCAACCAGUACGACAGGCCCCUGGCGCUCUGGGCCAACGACGCGGUGCUCUUCCACGGCACUACCUCCGAGCCCUCCUCCUCCUGCACCUCCUGGACCAUCCGCCGCGACGUCACGCACCUGCAAUCCCUCUUCGACAGCCCCCAAGCACCCACCACGGGCGCCUGGAUGGAGCUUGACAACUGGGUCGAUGUCUCCGGCCUCACCUCACCUUACUGGGCUCGCGCGUAUCUUACGUUCUACCCGGCCGCCGCCAGCGACACCGCGUCGGCGACGGCGGCGAUCGCGACGCGGGUGGUGGGGCUGGGGAAUACCGCGGAGACAUGGGGGCGCUGGUUCAUGAUGCAGCCGAGCUACCCCACGGCCAGCGCCACCGCCCGCGCGGGGGCGCUGCUGCCGAGCGCCGGCCUCAACUACCGCGCCAUGCUGGAGCUUUGCACAGACCCCCACGGCUGCGAGUUCUGGUACACGCGUCAGUCCGGGUUCACCUGCAGCGACACCAACACCAUCAUGAGCAACCAGUACCGAGAGCUGCAAGUGUUGAUUGACGGAGCACCUGUGGCGCUCCAGUCCGUCUACCCCACCUGGUACACCGGCGGCUACUCACCCGCCACCUGGAAGACCAUGGCCGGCCACACGGCCCACAUGGGAGCGCCCCACCUGCUGGACAUAACCCCCUGGGUCCACCAUCUGAACGACGGCGGAGACCACACCAUCUCAUUCCAGAUCGGCAACGAGUUUGCGACCUUCUGGUACAUUUCAGCAAACCUCCUGCUCUGGUCAGACCCCACACUCUCGUCACUCACCCAGGCCUCCGAGACCGUGACCACCCCCAGCCUCUCACCCAUCGCCCUCAUCGGCUCUUCCGGCACGCUCGCAGCACCUCGCGUGCUGCGUGCCGCCCGCACCUUCAGCGCCGUCAUCCGGCAGCCGGACGGCACCAGCGUGACGGCGACCCUGAGCGCUGACGUCACCUAUAACAUUUCGAGGCACUCCAACACGGUGUCCUCGACCGGCGGCAGCUGGAACAACGCCCAGGGCUUCGGCAAGAGGUUCCUGCUGACGCGGGACGGGGUGACGCCGCAUAGCAUCCAAUCCGACUUUGCCUGGGCUAACUCAGGCACCGCCUCCACCUCCUUCAGCGCUCUCAUGAGCUUCAACCAGACCGACGCAGCCAGCACCUUCGCCUCCGGCCUCGCGGGCGCCACCCCCACCAACGCCAACGACGCCCAGCUAGCCCACUGGCAGGGCUCCCUGGCGCCGUCCGGCAACUGCAACUCGUGCGCGUCAUCUUCAGCCUGCUCUGUGCCCGCGAUGACGUGUGGCAGGUGCCGCACCAGCCGGGCCAAGGUGGUCGUCACGCCGGCGGCGGGCGGCAGCUGCAGCCCGUCCAGCCGGUUCACCUGGGUGACUGCCUGUAACCCUGCAUACACUUUCAACAACACCACGCGCCCCACGGGCUGCUGA